GUGAAUGGAGUGUACGUGUGUGUAAAAAACGACAGGGUCUUUUUUCAAUGGCCAAUCGAAUUGCCCCCAAAAAGAAGUGACUUGCAUGGCCCUGCUAUUUCCUUUUUUGUCACCAUAGUCCUCCUUUUGUCCGUCUCACCCCAUUGCUCUGUUCAGUACAUUCCUCUGCUCCACUCUCACCCAUCCCAAUCCGAACAUGUACCACACCCUCAGACCCUCUCUCAGGGUUGGCAUCACCGCCGCAAGGGAUCUGUCAGGCCCUCACUCGUCCGCGUUGCGUAUGAAUGUCUCGACUCCCUACUACCGCUCUGUCAAGGUCCAGGUCGUCCACAUGCGACAAACCAACGUUCAGGGGCUCAAAUACAGCAGUCAGCGCCAUGCCUUUCACUCGUCGCCAUUUCCUAGGAUCCCCAGCUCCCUACGGCUUUUACGCGCGACAGAGCAGCAGCAACAGCCACUCCUCAAAUCGACCAUCGAAAAGGAGACCCUUGCUUCUCGUUCCGCCGAGAUGGCCAAGGCCAAGGCAGCCAAGGAGGCUACCGAGGCUGCCAGUGGAAUUGCAGGCGAGGGUGCCGUUGUUCAACCUAAAAAGUCGCUCUGGGUGAGAUUCAAGAACGAGAUGAUCCAUUAUUGGCACGGAACAAAACUGCUCGGCAAAGAGAUCAAGAUCUCGACCAAGUUGGCUGGUCGGCUGUUGCAUGGAAACAAACUGACUAGACGCGAGCAGAGACAGCUGAGACGAACCACUGGAGACCUGCUUCGAUUGCUCCCUUUCUCGGUCUUCCUGAUUGUGCCCUUCAUGGAACUGUUGCUGCCUGUCGCAUUGAAACUUUUCCCCAAUAUGCUGCCCUCAACCUUUGAGGACAAGUACGCGGAGGAGGAAAAGAGGAGAAAGCUGCUCAAGAUGCGACUCGAGAUGGCAAAGUUUUUGCAAGAGACAAUCGAGGAGUCAGGAAUCCCAGGGUCCUCGCGUGCAGAGGCCGUCAAGGAAUUUGGCGAUUUCUUCAGGAAGGUGCGCACAACUGGCGAACAGGCCUCGACAGACGAGCUGAUCCGGGUCGCCAAACUGUUCCAUGACGAAUUGACACUUGACAACCUGUCCAGGCCCCAGCUCGUCUCUAUGUGUCGCUACAUGAACCUCAACGCGUUCGGAACAGACAACUUUUUGAGAUACCAAAUCCGCAACAAAAUGAACUCUAUCAAGCAGGACGACAAGUUGAUUAUGGCGGAAGGCGUCGACUCAUUGACGACGCGUGAACUCCAAGCUGCUUGCCAGUCGCGCGGUAUCCGUACAGGAGGCGUGUCGACCGCCCGUCUUCGAAGUGAACUCCAGCAAUGGCUGGAGCUCAACUUGACCUAUGCGAUUCCAUCUUCGCUCUUGAUUCUCUCGCGCGCAUUCUCGUUCUCGGACUUUAAGGAAAUGGCCACGCCCGUCGAGGCCCUUCAGGCGACCCUUUCAUCCUUGCCCGACAGCCUGUUGACAGAGACAGAGCUUCAUGUGUCAGAACUCGAGGGCGCAGCUACAGCUCAACAAAAGCUGGAAGUCUUGGAGCAGCAGGAGGAGCUUAUCGCUGAUGAGUUGGCUCAAGAGGAGAAGGAAGAAAAGGCCCGCAAGGUCCGCAAGGAGGAGGCAAGGAUCAAGAAGGAGACUGAGGGAAGAGAGAAGCAAAAGGUACAGGAUCAGCAGGAGGCACCUGCUGUAGCGACCUCGGCCGACACUCUCGCUUUUGACAAGCCGAUUCCUGUGGCUACUACUGCUGGUGCUCCUGCGACUCUGGCGGGCGCAUCAGAGUUAUUGACGGACGCUCAGGUCGCUGCACAGGUGGCCAAGGAUGUUGGUGCGACUGCAGCCACAAAGGAGUUGCUUCAGGCUGCAGAGUCCGUGAGUACCAGCCCUCCUGCUCCUGCUCCUGCUGCAGUUGCUGGUGCGGCCCCUGUUGCUAAACCUACCGAGGAUGAGGAAGACACUGCCCGCAUGACGGAGGAGCAAUUGCUCGAGCUGAGAGAGGCUUUGUGCAUCAUGUCAUCUCGUUCGGCCGUGUUGGAGGAGCGCGAGGAACUGGAGGAUCUAAAGGAGGAUCGCAUGGACUACAAGGAGGACAUCGAGGAGUUGGCGCAAGUCCAGCGCAAGGAGCACAACGUGUCGAAGAGACUGGGUAGCCGCCUCGAAAAGAUGAUUGCGAAGCUGGAUCAGGAACUGCAGGCGUUUGAUGCGGAGGGCAACAAGUUGCAGGCGUUCCAGGCCAACGAGCGCGGAGAGUUGACAGUAAAGGAUAUCGAGUCGGCCUUGAAGGUGAUCAAGCACGCGCCGGACGAGGAGAAGAUUAAGCAGAUUGUCAAGAAGUUGGAUGUGGACGGCGACGGACUGGUCCUGCUGAGCCACAUCGUCGAGUUGGCGGACCUGGUAGAGCAGGAGGAGGGCACGGGUGUCCUUGUCGAGGGCAAGAAGGUCCAGGGCAAGGAGACCGAGACCGAGAAGGAUAAGAAGCUCAAGAAGGAGGACGUCCUGAAGGAGGAUUAGGCAACCAUUCUGUACUUUCUCAACCUCGCCCCUCUCUCUCCCACGCCAUCACUGCCACCACUGCCACUACAGCGGCUGCGAUUCCGCGGUUGCCCAUGUACACUUUACACUCCCCACAUCCACUCACUCUUCUCACCAUAAAUAAAACUUUCAUAGAUUCUUUGAGGCCAUGCUCUAGACUGCCACGUUGCCAUAUGGGCCAUUACGGGGCAUGCGCCGAUUGUCUAUAUGUGAUGCUGAGAGCGC